ACAAAUAAAUGCAGCGUUACAUCCGCCCUGGUUCUGGAGCAAUAAAUACUGCUGCCGAUACCAUCGCCAUGCCAGUUUUCGCACUUGAUCCCCCUUCUUGCAAUCCAUCACUUCUUUCCUAUCCCUUACGUACAUAGUCCAUCCACCAUGCGGAGAUCCUUCCUAUUACUGCCACUGGCGAUUCUGGCCUCGCUGGUUCUAGCCAAUUCCAAUGUUUCACUCAAUGCUGACGCCCCUCCCCUUCCAUGGAUCGAUAUUCCCGCAAAGAUCGAGGGAGAUGUACCCCCUCAGGCCGAUCUUCUCGCCAUUCAGCGCACCAUGAGUCUGUAUCCAUUCGUGCUGGACGGCAAGGCAUGGAGCCAGCUAGAUCGCAUCUUCCACCCGGACAUCUGGGCGAACUAUUCCGGUUUUAUCGGGGUGGUACAAGGCCUUGCGAAUGUUUCCGAGGCAUUAUCGACCAUCAUGGCGCCCGUGACGAGUCAGCAUGCUUUGACGACGCAGUUGAUCCAGGUGUCGCCGAAUGGGACCACCGCGAAUAGUUGGACUUAUUACUGGGCCAACCACUUUGGGACGGGUGACAUGUAUGGCGAGGCGUUGUGGACAUGGGGCACGUAUCAGGAUUUUUGGGUCAAAAAUCGGACCUCUCGAGAAUGGCGAAUCCGAGGGCGUCAGAACAUUCAGAUGGGUCCGUUUUUCGGAAAUACUUCUGUUCUGAGAUUGUGAGGGUUUGUUCCCGUACACAAUAUAUAUGUAUCUAUGAAUAUAUAUAGCUCCAUGGUAUAGUCAG